AUGGUCUCCGCCUUCGCGCUCCUUGCGCUCGCCAUUCCAGCUCUUGCUGCCGACAAGGCAUUCCUCGGAUGUUUCAAAAACAUUCCACCAGGAGGCCCCUCCGCGACUGUGACCUCUGAGGCAGCCUGCGACCGACUGUGCACUGACUACCCAUACGAGUUCUACACCAUCAUCAAGGGCGGCGCCGCGCGCUGCCAGUGCGCCGACAGGCAACCCAACGGCCUCGGCAACUGGCAGGACGCCGCCGAGGGUGACCAGUGCCAGACUGGCGACGCUCGCGGAUACCUCCGCAACCCCCCCUACACGCACACCGGCGAGUGCAUCGCCGCGCCGUGGUUCUACUCGGGCGCCUACUCCAAGUCGGCCGGCAUGUUUGGUGGCCCGGGCCCUUAUGCCGUCAAGACCAACCCCAAGCAGGCCGACACGACCGCCAAGUGCUUCGACACUUGCAACGCCGCCGGCUACGAGUACGCGAUCUACAACGCCAAGCCCGGAAACCAGAUGUACUGUGUCUGCGCCAACGGGUACCGCGGCACCGCGGGCAAGUGCACCGGCGACACUUACUACGUCUACGGACGCGGCGGACCCUUCCAGCCAGGUGCCUCGAGCUCGACCUCCUCAUCGAGCUCUAGUACCUCGGCGGCCACCUCUACGAAAUCCGCCACCACGACUGUCACCUCCACCAGCUCGACCGCCUCUUCCACCAGCGCCACCGCCACCUCCACUAGCUCGACUGCUACUUCCACCAGCUCGACUGCCACCUCGACCACCUCGACCUCGACCACCUCUACUUCGACCAGCAGCACCUCGGCCGAGACGACAACGAGUGUGACCCAGACUCCCGUCGAAACCCCGGCUCCUGUUCCGUCGGCGGCCGAGACCCCUUCUCCCGCACCCAUUGCCCCCGUCGAACCUACCAUGCCUGGCCCAGAGGAGGCUCCGUCCGCGCCUGCUCCGGAGGAGGCCCCGUCCGCACCCUCUCCGGAGGAGUUCCCCACCGCGCCCGUGGAGCUGGAGGCUCCGUCUGCUCCUGGCCCCGAGGAGAUCCCUCAAGCCUCAAUUCCCGAGGCCCAGCCCCAACCCUCGAUCCCCGAGGAGCUCCCGACCACUGUCGAAUCUGAGCCGGCGCAGGUUUCCGCUCUCCGCAAGCGUGGACACUCUGCCCCCAUCCUCUCCCCCUCGGCAUCCCGCUGCAUGCGUGGCCUCACGGCUUGCGCCAUCCCCGGAACCAACGACUGGGAGUGCAUCGACGCUAUGAACGACCUUGAGUCCUGCGGCGGCUGCACCACAGGCGGUUUCGGCGACAGCGCCCUCGGCGUUGACUGCACCGCCCUCCCCGGCGUCAAGAUGUCGGGCGUCACCUGCCAGACCGGGCGCUGUGUAGUCACCGCCUGCCGCGCCGGCUUCUCGCUUUUCGCUGGCCAGUGCAUCCGCAACUAG